GGAACUUUUGACGUCAGAGACGGCCAUCUUUUCACAGGCAUUGUGAAAGUGUGUUGUUCAUUCGUUUUUCUUCUCGACGAGAAGACAUUGAAACUUAUUGUGUCUGCAAUCAAUGAGCAGAUUCAUACUGUUUUUCGGUGAGUUUGGCCACACCUUUAUGGAGUUUGUCACCAACAGCGGAGAUUACUGCCAGGCACAACACUUUCCACGGGAGGAGUAAGACCUCAAACUUCUGCUAACACAGCAGUAUAUUGCUACAGAAAUCUGCACACCUUGGUGCUGUUGUUUUUGUUUUUGUUGAACAUCAUCAUACAAGUGAAGUAUUUGUUGAAAUUCAUGGUAACCUGCACAAGAUAGACUUCCAGACUUCUGAAAUACUCUUAUCUGUUUUGAAACUUUGAUGUUAUACAGCUAGAUUGGUGAUCACUUACAUCUGGACCACAUUGGCCCAGAGUUGCCAAGCCUGAGAGAUUCUUCAUCACUCUAUUUUUACCCACAGCAGUUUAAUGGGGUAGAUAUCUCAGAUCAGUCGCUCAGUCCCUACCCCAAUAUAAUUGACAAUCAGGCCACUGUGACAUUUGUCACCUUUUCAAGACAGUGUUGGAUAUUUGAUCAAAGCCAGACCAUAUAAACCUAACCUAAACGCAACAAAACCUAUGGAAGGCAUUGCAUAAGAUCAAAAUAGUUUACUUUUCUUGUGUACAAGUAGUGAUUAAUAAAAGUAUUACUUUUGUAAGCAAGACACCCUACCUGUCUUUCAACCAGUUUGAGAGACUAUUCAAACAGAAAGAAAUAGCUGUGGUUCAUCUCAAGGCUUUGAGGACGUGAUUUCCAACUUAUUAAAAGUCACCUCAGUGUUCCAACAUUGUCAUUUACUAUAGAAUCCAGGAUAUUGCUCAUUGCUGUGUUGUGUUUACAUUGUAGGCAACUGUAGUAUUAUUACCUCAUUUGAUUUUCAAGUAUUAUACACUGAGGCAUUGCAGAGAUAAUAAUAGCCAAAACAUUUCUUAGGUUUUAUUUGGUUUGAGAAAAUCUAUUUUGUCCUUUUCGACUGGCAAGUAUAUUUAUUACAAAAAAGAAGCUGUCAUACAAGGGAUAUUUUCUUUCCUAAAGAGGAAAGAAUUUCAAUAAAUUUAGUUGGCGCCACGAAUGCGAUCUGCCCCAGGCUGCAUCCAUGAUGAAGGCACGCAGACCCGAACCAGCGGAGAUCUGCUUCAAGAACAUGAGGUUUUUAAUCACAGAUCGACCAACUGAUGCAAAUUUGGAUAAAUUUCUUCAGGAACUUCAAAAACAUGGAGUAAAGGAUGUUGUUCGAGUAUGUGAGCCUACUUAUAGUAAAGAAAAACUAGGAGAAAGUGGUAUUAGGGUUAUGGACUGGGAGUUUGAUGAUGGGAGUCCUCCUCCACCUGAAAUAGUUCAAGACUGGUUUCAUCUGCUCAAAACUCGCUUUUCAGAAGAUCCAGGUUGUUGUGUAGCUGUACAUUGUGUAGCAGGUCUAGGAAGGGCUCCUGUUCUAGUUGCUUUGGCUUUAAUGGAGGCUGGUUUAAAAUAUGAAGAUGCUGUGGAAAUGAUUAGAGAGAAAAGGCGAGGUGCUAUAAACACCAAACAGCUUGCUUAUCUAGAGCAUUAUCGUGCAAAAUCUAGAUUAAGGGUGAAGAAUGGUCGUAACGGGAGUCAUCAUAGCUGCAGCAUUCUGUAACAUCGUCAUCUGUGAUGAUCGAGAGGCCCGUCCUUACGGAUAUUUUUUUGUUAGUUAUUUACAACUUUUUUUUCAAGUAACUUAUUGUUUGGUGGAUGGCUGGUUAUGCUUUCAAAAUUGUACAGUUCUACCCUCUUGCUCUUACUUGAAACUCUAAAGGAAGCUAGAAAUUUUGAUGAUUAUUUAUAAUAGUUAAGCUUUUAAAUAAAAAGUUUAAAAAAAAAGAUCAAAUAGGGUUUUGACUUUAAGUAUAAAAGUUAUUAACUUUCUAUCACUAUCAAAUCCUGAUAAAUUUUUUAUUUUGGGGUGAGGGGGUGUCAAAUCAUUUCUCAGAAAUACUUGACUAGGUCUGUGGGUAAGAAAUGCAUUGUAAUUUCACUUGAUUUUCAAAAUCACAUUAAUUUUUAAUUUUAAUAGUCUGUUGCCUUGGUGUUAAUUUGUUGGAAGUUUGUAUUCCAAUUUCUUUUUUGUUUUUGGAAGUAAGUUUUCAAAUAUCCAGGCACUAUUACACUAAAACGAUUGUUAGUAUAGAUUACUAUUUAAUAAAAUUAUCCUUGUAGCAGAAUUGUAUUUACCAUUUUCUAUAGACAGCUUUACUUUUUGAAACUUCUAAAUCUUUGAGAAAAAUUGUGCCUUGGUGUUUCAAUAUUUAACACGUUCAUCCACAAUUUAAGACAUUUGAAAUUUGUAAUGCCUCAUGUUAAUUAUUUAAUUUACUUUAGAAAAAUUCAAAGGCAGACUUAGUAAAUUAUAAACAGUUUUUUGUGCUACUUCUUGACAGUUGUAACAGACAAGUAAGACAUUUGUAGUUGGUGUUAUCAUUUGUAAGAGUGAAUCAUUAAAGCAACUUUUUUUUUCAUCAACCAUGCCUCUCAGUUAUGUUCUGUAUCUACUCAAUCCAUACAGCUACAGGCUAUGGUAACCUGUGAGGAUAGUCUCCCUCUACUUAAAGAUAUGUAGCUCAAGUCUAUCUGAAUGUUAUUUUGAGCAUCAAUCAUAUUUUGAAAAUACAUUGAAUGUUUUUUAAAGUGUGGUGUAUAUCUGGGAAAAUGAUUUGUGAAUGGAAUUAAUUUAAAUUGUAUUUAAAAUAAGAAAAAUCCUAAUAUCUGUGUGAAGUGUGUGUGUGUGUGUACAUUUAAAAGAAAGGUAAUCAAGGUGUAUUAAUCGGUCUUUUAAAUUUGUUUUGUCAGUGCAAACUAAGUAGCUAUUAAAGGUCAUAUUUUAUUUUUAAAAAUUGUGUAGUUUGUUGACUAUCCCCUUAUUAAUCCUUGUAACUAAACAUUGUGCUUUUGUUAAUUUCCCAAAUAUUGAUAUUAAAAUGUGACUUUAGAUGGCUGGUUGUUAAAUGUUUACGUUAGGCCAUUGGUAAUGUAAGCAUUCAAGUGUGACUAAAUUUUGUAUAUGAUUUAAGUGUCCAUAUUCCAUUGGGUUGAGUGCAGAAUUGAUUGCAUUGUGUUGAAAUUUUUAUUCUUGCCUCUACUAAAGCAUGCUGUAUUAUUUGAAGAGAUUGAAGUCAACUGGGCUUGAAUUAAAAUUAUAACAGCAAGUUUU